AUGGUUGUCAACAUGAAGGAUACAGCGAUGAUGAAGGAAGCGGAAUCUCCGCUUAGGCAGGCGAUGAAUGUCGCAGCAUCCACAGAUGAUUACGAUCCACUCACGGGUAUAAUGCUCAUGCCGCAAUCGUCAGGUCCGCAAAACGAUACGUCCUGUCCUGGGGCAUAUUCCCACACACCUGGCAUGCAAGUCCAGAGAGCUACCACCCCGAGCCGUUCUUCUUUCUUGGGUCCCAUUGAUCAUCAUCAUGAGGAUAAUGAUGAUGCAGACGAAGAGGUGGGAGUUCCUUCACCAAGAGUGUUGAGUAGUAGCACGCACAACGACGGACCAGCAGAUGCACAACCAAGAGCGGUGAAUGAACGCAGUUCAGACCCUGAAGAUGAAUCUCAAGACGAAUCUCCUCGUGUGGGAGAGGAAAAUGGUUUGGCUGUAGCUCAACUUGUGGAUGAAAUUUCGCCCCACAAGCUACCUCGAGCUCAGACUUUUGACGGGGAACGAGCAGCCGCCAAGAGGAGGGACCAGAAGACCAGACAAAUCAGAACCAUUUUUCUGUUGGGAAUGAUUAUCCUUGUUGUCAUUGUUAUUAUCCUGCUAGCUAUUCUUAUACCAAGAACGGGACCCACGAAAACUGCAACAAUUAUUGUGCCACCACCUGCUCCCAUCACAGCUGCCCCCACAUCAGCACAAGGAUUCCUUCUUUCCUUGUUGGACAAAGGCACGCUUCGCGCAAUGGAAGAUACCAAUUCACCUCAAUUCAAAGCACAUGAAUGGCUGUUAGAAGACUCGGAUCAGUUGCCUUUUUGUUCCAAGGAACGCCUAAUCCAAAAGUUUGCUCUUGCGACGCUCUACUUUGCAACAAAUGGGGACCAUUGGGAAGAAAACACCCACUGGCUCAACCAUAGCAUCCAUGAGUGUGAGUGGUUCCAAAAGCCAAACUUUGCGGUGAAAGAUAUUGUUGCGCAAUUUGUGCUGGGAUACCUGGAUGGUUUCUUGGAACCUCCACCAUCCACACCCUGUGACAACAAUGGCCUGUUCCAACACCUAUGGUUGGAUGUGAACACGCUUGUUGGCUCACUGCCAACGGAGGUUUACAUGUUGACAUCAUUAAAGACACUGUCACUUGACCGGAAUCAACUGGAAGGGACCAUUUCAAGUCACAUUGGGCGAAUGACAAAUUUGCAAGGACUUUCCCUGAGUGGCAUGCUUCAGACGGGUACCAUACCAACAGAAAUUGGCUUGCUGACAAACUUGAAUAUUCUCUUUUUAGAUACCAAUCAACUCAACGGCCAGGUUCCUACGGAGCUCUGGAAGCUUACCAAUUUGGUGGACCUUGCUUUGAGUGCCAACUAUGAUUUAGAAGGAACUUUGCCCUCUGAGAUUAGUGCGAUAUCCAAGUUGAGAUGGUUUUUAUCAGAACAGAGUGAAUUCACAGGUACAAUCCCUUCUGAACUGGGCAAUCUUCCAUUGCUUGAAGUUCUUGUGCUGGCUGAGAGUAGGCAUACUGGAGUUAUUCCAAGUGAACUUGGGAAGCUAACAGCGCUGUCAGUACUGACCUUUCAGGACAAUUCCCUGGAGGGAUCUUUGCCUACAGAAUUGGGCCUUCUAACUGCAUUGACUGUUCUUCGAGGAAACAACAAUAUGCUCUCUGGCCCUCUUUGUAGUGAACUUGGUCUCCUCAAGGAUCUGGAGCAGUCCCUGAGCUUCCACUUCAAUAUGCUCUCUGGCCAAAUUCCAACCGAGCUUGGACUCUUUCAGAGGCUUCCAGAGCUUGUGCUACACAACAAUCAAUUUUCGGGCCAGAUCCCGUCAGAGUUCGGAGAACUGGUAUCAUUGCAGCUUUUGAGUCUUGCCAACAACUCACUAUCAGGCCUGGUUCCAGAGGAGUUUGCCUAUCUCCAGCCACAUGCCCAUACAAUCCGUUUGGAUGGUAAUCCUUUGCUUUCAGGGCAUCUUCCUGCAGAUCUCUGUGCUCUCAAUGGUACUUGCAGCAGUGAUGCUUGGAACCCAUGUAUACCUCCUUUUGGUUUUGUAUUUGAUUGCACUGAGAAACUUUGUGGCUGUGGUUGUAUUUGUGAAGAUCUUUUUAAUGGACCAUAG